AUGCAUUGGGUCUCUGGUACAUGGCUCUGGGCCAAGCACAAAGCGUCCCGUUCGACCUCGUCAGGAGCACCUAUCUACUUGGAACAAUCGAAGGGCACAAGCGAGCGUCGGAAUCGCCCACGAACCUGGUCCCUCCCAACAAACCCGCCAGACGACACUUCCACAGCAAGCUCUCGGAGCCGUGGUAGCAGUUACAGCCAGAGCCACGGCUACAGCCACGGUCAUACACACAGCCUCCACCGCGUCGAGACGUACAACCAGGCCCAGUACAACAAUCCCUUGGCGGUCGCACAACUGCGCUGCAUUCGCUGCGGCGGUCUUCGCUCGCGCGAAUACCACUACCGACACUUCGAUGAUCCGGUCAAAUACCCCUCUGUCGGGAUCUGCUCAAGACAGAGAACAAGAUGUGCGAGGGCGAAAUCCGAUCCGGUGCCGCUGGCGGCAAUGGAUCCCCCUGCGACGGCGGUGGCACCUGUUUUUGAUAUCCCUGAAUUGCCAGAUACGUCCACGUCCAGGCCCAAGACCGCGUCUGGGGAGAUCGAACCAGAUAGCUUGUAG